GCUCCAGCAUUACAUCGUUUGUUCUGAGUGAAAGUUGUCUCCACCUGGAAGAAGCAGGGAGUAGUGUCGAAAGCUUUUCUUACAUUUAUUCCUGAAAGAUGAGGCGGAAAGAAAAACGGUUACUGCAGUUCGCAGGAUUGCUUAUUGCGGCUCUUCUUUUUCUUCCGAACGUAGGUCUAUGGUCAUUGUAUCGAGACCGAGUAUUUGAGAACUCACCAGAAAUAGUGGAGGGACCGGGUGGCAUUCCUCAAAUACAGGGAGUGAACGUUAGGCCCCGGAAGGAUGCCCAGGUGGGGCGGGACGGUGUGAGGAGGAAAGACUGGCAUGACUAUGAGGCCAUCAGGAGAGACGCUGCUCGUUCUGGUAACGGGGAGCAAGGAAAGCCCUUUCCUUUGACUGAUGCUGACCGGGUGGACCAGGCCUACAGGGAGAAUGGGUUCAACAUCUACGUUAGUGAUCGGAUCUCCCUCAACCGCUCUGUCGCAGACAUCCGUCACCCAAACUGUAAACAAAAGUUGUAUGGGGAGAAGUUACCGAACACCAGCAUCAUCAUCCCGUUCCACAACGAGGGCUGGUCGUCUCUGCUCAGGACUGUACACAGCGUACUCAACCGCUCUCCACAAGAACUCAUUGCUGAGGUCAUACUGGUGGAUGACUUCAGUGACAAAGAGCAUCUGAAGGCAUCUUUAGAGGAGUACAUGGUGCGGAUGCCCAAGGUGAGGAUACUGCGUACCAAGAAAAGGGAGGGGCUCAUCAGGACCCGUCUGUUGGGGGCUGCAGCUGCAAAGGGAGAGGUUAUCACCUUCCUGGACUCCCACUGUGAAGCUAACGUCAACUGGCUGCCCCCGCUGCUGGACCGCAUCGCCACGAACAGGAAGUCCAUCGUUUGUCCAAUGAUUGACGUGAUUGACCACGACAACUUUGGCUAUGAGACACAGGCGGGCGACGCUAUGCGAGGUGCCUUUGACUGGGAGAUGUACUACAAACGUAUCCCCAUCCCUUCUGAGCUGGCUAAAGGGGACCCUAGCGAACCCUUUGAGUCCCCUGUGAUGGCAGGCGGACUAUUUGCUGUGGAUAGAAAGUGGUUCUGGGAGCUGGGAGGAUAUGACACAGGACUGGAGAUCUGGGGAGGAGAGCAGUAUGAAAUCUCUUUUAAGGUGUGGAUGUGUGGUGGGCGUAUGGAGGACAUCCCAUGCUCCAGAGUGGGUCACAUCUAUCGGAAGUAUGUCCCCUACAAGGUCCCCGGAGGGGUCAGUCUGGCCAGGAAUCUGAAGCGAGUGGCCGAGGUGUGGAUGGAUGAGUAUGCAGAGUACAUCUAUCAGCGGAGGCCAGAGUACAGGCACCUGUCAGCAGGAGACAUGACGGUGCAGAAGGACCUGAGGAACCGCCUCAACUGUAAGAGCUUCAAGUGGUUCAUGACAGAGGUGGCCUGGGACCUGCCUAAGCACUACCCGCCUGUUGAGCCUCCUGCUGCUGCCUGGGGAGAGUUGCGCAAUGCAGGCAGUGGUAUGUGCAUGGAGAGCAAGCACUUUUCGUCUGGUACGCCCAUCCGCCUGGAGAAGUGUGUUAAGGGUCAGGGCAAGGCCGGGUGGAGCCAUGGACAGGCUUUUACCUUAGGCUGGCGGGAGGACAUCCGGGUGGGGGAUCCUAUGCACACUAAGAAGGUCUGCUUUGAUGCCAUCUCCCACAACAGUCCUGUCACCCUGUACGACUGCCACGGCAUGAAGGGCAACCAGCUGUGGCGCUACAGAAAGGAUAAAAGUCUGUACCACCCCAUCAGUAACAGCUGUAUUGACAGCAAUCCCACAGAGAGGAAAGUGUUCAUGAAUACGUGUGACCCCAGCGCACCCAGCCAGCAGUGGCUGUUUGAGAAGACAAACACCACUGUGCUGGAGAAGUUGAACCUCGAAAGCAACUGAGAAUUUUAGGAGUCAGGUUCAGCCUGAAUAGCACUCACCCAGGAACUGUUGUUUCCCCUGAGUCAAAAAUUGACUUUUAUUACACUGAGGGUGUGUAGGGUGAAAGGAAGGGGGUUAGCAUUAGCAUGGGCAAGCUAGUCUAGACACACCAGUGAUUGGGAGAUUAAGGAUGGCGCCUGAGAGGGUUUCUCUUUGGUUGGCAGGCAGUUCUCUCUUUACGAAUCAGUGACUUUGACUCGCUGUGUGAACUGGAUUAGGUCUGUUAUGGCGCAACCAUUAUGGCGGCGGCCAAUCUCACUUUAUUAUUCCUGCUGAUUGGCUUUUUGACAUCACUCUGCUCAGCCCUGCUUCUCCGUUGCCUCUCCCAGUUGACUCUGUCCCAUACGUUCGUCUCCAUCACCCUACGGGAGUCUUCUUGCUCAGACGCUGUCUCUCUAUUCACUCCCCCGCUCUGACAGCCUCCACUGAGAGUUUCACUGAGCCAAACCCAAACUGACAUUUGGGUGAAGCCAGCCAGCACCAACCACUCUGCAAAUCACUUUGUGUUGAUUCUUGUUUUUGUUUUCUUGGUGUACUCACAUGGCAAGCAGUUUCCCUUUCCUGGUUUCCUAUGUAGGUUUAUUUAAAAGUGGAGUUGGGCAAAUGUAGAAGGCCAAAAAAAGUCUUAUCUUUUGGAAAGUUUAGAUUUGAAAGAAUAAUAAUAAUAAUAGUAGCAGCACUUUUUCUCAGCACUGUAUCUAUUUAAAGAGCUUUGAUUUGAUACCAUAGAUUGAUACAAAGGUCGUCUUACAAACAAAUGUCCAGUGAGAACUAUAAGGGCUUUAACUACUGUCAUUUUCUUCUGUCCCUUCGUCUUAACCGAGGCUUCCCCCGCCCCCCUGGCGUAAGGAAUGACUUCAUCACAAAUCACACUGAACUGUGUAUCAGGAAAUCACAGAAGUCUCAUCAUGAGUUAAUUUAGACAAGUUUGCCCGGAGAAGGGUGGGAGGGGGGUGUUGAUGACUGGUUUUAUACGUGGUUUACAGUGGCUUGAAUAAUUUUGUUGCGUUAGAAAGUGUGUCCAGUAGUAAUUCUCCCGCCUCCAUGCAGAUAUGCAGCUCAAAGCUGGAGACCAGGGUUCAAUGCCGUCUAUACCCUUUACCUUCUGUCUCCGCUCUGCCUGUAGCACUCUGAUUUCCCACGGUCAGCCAAAGUCUUGGACACGCUCCUUUAGUAUAGCCAAAACGAUACUGAUGGAGUGUCCCAAAAAUAGAAUUUCACAUUUAUAAAAUACUCAAUAUCAGGAAAUAUAGCUUCCAUGGUAUUUUUAAAUAUUUCCAUUGAUUUUAAAAUCAUUUUAAAGGUGCUUAUGAUGGUGUGUGCGUGCGUGCAUGCGCGCUUGUAUCCGUGCAUGCCCACAUAUAUACAUAUAGUCCUUAUAACUUAUGUGAUAUAUUGAAUCAAAUUUUACUCUUAGUCCUGCCUAAAAUAUAAUUAUUGUUAAAAAUGCGUCCUUUUAUUUUCAAUUUCUAAUUAUACACUUUUGUGAAGAUUAAAUACAUCAAAAUCCUUUUCAUUCACCCUUUGUAAUGCAACAAAAAGUUAAAAAGGUAAAUUGUCUAAAGGCGUUGUAUAUUUAUUCCAUUCACUAUAAAUGUAUUUAGCCCUUGCAGUGAUAAACUUGAAUGAAAACCUUAGUGCCUUGCUGGAUGAAAGCAACAGUAUGUGUGGCCUGGCCUGAUAUGGCCUGGCCUGGUGCCCUUGUCAGGUCCUCCUCCUACACUCCCUCUGAUUGAAUGACAUGGUGGAUCGCGGCAGUCUGUGGUGACUCUGGUCCUUAACCAUGGAUUCAUAUCUACAACCCUAAGUGGUACAUUUAUUGGGUACAACCAUCUAGUACCAGUCAAAAACUGCCUGAAUUCUUUAGGUGUGGAUUCUACAAGAUGUCGUUUUUCCCGGGAUGUAGGUUCACGCUGAUUCAAUGGCAUCAAGCUGUUGCUGCAGAUUGCUGGGCAGUACAUGCUACGAAUGGAUCGUUCUGUCUCAUUACAUAGUGCACUAUUGGGGUGAGGUCUAGCGAUUGCAGGCCACUCAAGUUAACUGAACAGUGAUCUGUCGGACACAGCAGUGUUGAGCCACUCCUCAGCUGUCUUUUGUUGUUAAUCAUGUGCCCUCUUGAGCCAUUUCUUCUAGUUUUUAGUUGAGUAGUUAAGGUAAUAGUCUGUCCAUGAUAAGAACAAAUUAAUUGUGUGUUCCGAGAUGCUGUUCAGCACACCACUGUUCUGCUGUUAUUUUCCUGUUUGUGGGCUGCUUGUUAACUCAUUCAACCUCUUUCCUCAACAAGCUGUUUUUGCCCACGAGAUGGUCACUGAUUAGAUGUUUUAUUUCUUCACCAUUCUCUGUUAAACUGUUUUUGUGAAAAAGCCCAGGAAGGCGCCUGUGAUAUUCUAGAACUGGUUUGUCUGGCAUGGACAAUGAUACCCCACUCCAAGUUUCUUUGGUCAUCGUUCUAACAAUCAAACGGUAACAGGAUGCCUGUCUGUCUGCUUUAUAUUGUGACCCAUAACCUUGUGAGUCUUUGUCUUUAGAAAGAAUCAAUUUUCAUGAAUAAGGGUGAUGUACCUAAUAAACUGGCCACUUGUAUUUGUAAUGGUAGUGAAUGUUUAACAAACUAGUGAACAAUUAUGUAUUCUCCUGCCUUUAAAAGUUAACAGCUUCCCAGGCCAAUACCCACUUUAUGUUUGUGGCAUGUCACCAUCAUGUCAAUUAGUGUUUAUGAUCAUGAUACUCAGCAGCUUGUAGUUACUGCAAGAGACAUUCAAGAAUUCAUUAGUCUAAAUGUACUUUUAUUUGUUUAGCUUGUUUAAUGUUAUGGAGUACUUUCUUUUUCUUUAAAUUAUUAUUUUCUUUUUAACUUAGCCAAUGAAUAUCUUAAUAUCUUAUAUCAAAUGCAAUCUUAACAUGGAUGUUAAGAAAGUAUGCUUAUAUUGCCUGCUGUGUAGUUAUGUUCGAUUAUCUGUUAGUUUGUGUGUUUUUCCUAAUUUUUCCCAAUUUUUUGUGAAAGGUAUACACAAAGGUAUUGUGUUUUCAGCUGUAGGUGUUGGGUUUGAAAAAUCGGAUUUAUUUUUAAGAUCCACCCAAAGCUUCUGUAUAAUUGUAGACAGUAGUUUUGAAAGUGGUCACAUUCUGACCGUGUCCUUGUUUUGUGUGUACAACAUAAUGUUAUUGUUUACGACAAUAUGGUUUUUCACCUCAUCCAUUCCAUGUGACAUGUUCGAACCUGUCCAAAGGAAAUUCAUUAUAGAUAGUUUUCCAAAAUAAUUUGGACAUUGAAAUAUAUUUUGGUGAUUUCUAAAUGGUUAAUUGACAGUGUCGUUAAUGUGCCGACUGUCAUCUGUAAUGGUAUUUUAUCCAUAUAUUAUGCAUUUGAAAAUACAUGUUCUACCGUCCUCCCGUUUUACAGUCAAAAUGUAUUUGAACAGAUUACUUUUAUGUACAAUAACAUAGUCCUGUUUAGUACUGGGUUGCACAUCCUUUGAAUGCAAUGAAGUCUGUAACCUACAGACAUCACUAGAUGCUGGUUAUCUUCCCAUUACGAUACUCUGCCAGUCCCUUACUGUGGCCAUCUUUUUUCUGCUUCCCUACGGUGAGCAUUCUUUAUGAGCAGCCACUGUAGAGGUCUUCUUGAUCCACAAUGUUGUUUGCCAUUGCUGAGUUCAUCGAUUCUUCUUUUUUCCCCUAAUGUAUCAAACAGUGGAUUUUAUCAUGCAUUAAGUUUUAGUUAUUUCUCAGAUCAAUUUAUUAAUAUUGGAGUCAAUUGUUGACUCCAAGACUGACUCAUUGAAAGCCUAGAAUCAAGACUAGACAUUGCCAACUAAUAAUAAAGUUGUCCAUAUCAUUAGGUAAAACAUCAAACCCAAGUUUGGGUUUACUCUUUUAAAGACAUUUUUAUGUUCAAGUCAUGAAGUUUGUUGUAAAGUUAUGUGUGUCUGAGGGAAUAAUGGGUUGCUUUAUCUGUUGCCAUGUAAUCAUCUUAUAAAGGUGUUAAGAUAUCUUCCAUUCCAUGGCAGUUUAUUGAAUACUCUCCGACUUUUGAGUUUGUGGAACAAGGAUAUUUGCAAAUCAUUUACCAUGUUCAUUGCACAUGUAAAAUUAUUUUGUCGUAUGAUUUAUAACUUGGGUUGGAGGUGGUAAAAAAUUUUUUUUUAAUUAUUAUUGUGGUUUUAAACUGCAUUUUAUACAGUGCAAUUUUUUCAUCAUCUUAAGUUGAAAUUAAAUAUUCAGCUAAAAUGUGAAGACAAUACUUUUUUAAAUGAAAGUUGUUUUAAUGUUUAAGGCCAUUGUUGGUCAUUCACACAAUGCUGUGUACAUGUGUGCACUUUGGAUGUGUAGGGAAGUGUAUAUUUUGUAUCAUGAAUAUUCAAUAUUUUUUUCUACUGACAUAAUUGCUGUAAAGGUGUAUUUAGGUAUUUAACACACUGUACAACUCAACUGGAAUUGUAUACUACUUUUGCAGAAAAUAAAAUGUUUAUAUAUUUCAA